AUGCUCAGUAAAGAACAACGACUUGUUACAAGGCUAGAAAGUAAUGAUCCUACACCCAACUCCAUCAUCAUCACCAUCACCAUCACCAUCACCAUCAACAUGCAGCAGCACCCUGACGCGAGGCGUAUUGUCUUUCGAUUUCCAGCCACGUACGAGGUCGAAGAAGGAGCCAUCAUCGCCAGGUUUUUCACCCUGGUUGGCUUAGACCCUCAGGAUGACUACGUUUCCCACCUCGUGGCUCCAUUGAACGAAACGCCCACAAAGAUGCACAUCAUUCUCGACAUGCACUGCAAGACAAACCCAAAGGUGGAUCUCAAGACGAUAAAGUAUGAGGUUUACAGGGUGAAGAAGAAUCAGGACUUGUAUGACCAUUCCCGUCCUCCUUUGUUCAGUCUCGAGUACCUAUGGUUCUGGCUUCUUGGCUAA